AUGGAGAGAUGCAGUCGUCAUCCUGAGAUCAGUCAGAGGAAGAAGGACGACGGAGGGGACAACAAGCGUAAUCUCCUGCUGAUCCGCAUGCACGCUUUGUACCUGUCCGUGCUGUUCUAUUUUCUUCUCCUCGGUCUCCUGCCUCCUAUAGGAGCAGAGGAGAGCGAUGCUGCCAGCAGCAGAGGGGAGAGGGAGAAACGAAGCCCACCCUACUGGGGCAUGUGGUCCUCAGACUUUUUUGGGUGGUUGGAGGAGCUGCGAACUCAGGCCGCUCACGAUGGGAUGCAGGACCUGGCUCGUACCUUCUGGGCUCACUUCCCCAUCAGCAGCCAGCUGGGUUACGAUAGUCCGGAGUCUGACCCUCAACCUGAGGAGUGA